AUGGUUUAUAUUUACGGCGUUAGGGGAAGUUUCGGACUGAGGGGGGUAGGCUGGGGGGGGGCGUGGGGCUUGACGGGGUUGGAGUGGGACUGGGUGUUGUGGAUGCGGGGGAAGGGUUGGGGUUGGGGCAUGCGGGCAUCGGGGGGGAGGUGCACUUUAUUGGAUGCGAGUGGGGGUGUUGAGGAUUUUGACGGGGGGUGUUAUGUUUGGCCGCUGUGGGUUGGCACUUCCUUUCUGGCGUGCUGUCUGGGGUGGGGGGGGGGGGGGGCUUUCUUGGUUUGGGUGUUGGGUGAUGGUUGA